AAAUAGAAGGAAAUAUGUGAUCGAAAAAAUUCGAUUCCAAUAUUAAUGGUCCAACGAUGACGUGAUUGAUUUUAUCCGGAUUUUUUUUUUUUUGAUGGUAAAAAAGCUUUCGAUUUAUUUUUUCCGGGACAUUUUUUUUUUGAAGAUGAUGUGAAAAAAGGGCUAAAAUUAGAUAUUUGAUCAACAAUACACAAUAAUAAUAAAAAUAAAAUUUUCUUAUUUUUGUUGCUGUUGCUGUUGUUUUUGAAGAGAAAGUUUACCAAACGGCAAUUAAGAGGCGAAUGAGAGAGUCGAAUGGAAUGAAAUGGUCUGGGUGAUUUUCUUUUUUUUUUUUUGAAUAAGUCGUCACCGUCGUUCGGUUCAUUCGAACAUUUGCUAUCCAACCAUCAAUGUGUGCGUGUGUGUGUGUGUAUUUCGAUUUCGAUGAAUUUUCGAUAAACCAAAUGAUUUGAUCUGUGAUUUUGAUCAACAAUCUAUGAUGAUGAUGAUGAUGAUGAUGAAACAUCAAACAAUACAUUGCCUAAUGGCAAUGUUAUUUAUCACUAUAAUAACCAUAGUGAUUGAUCAAUCAAAUACUAGCCCCAUAACUAUAACAAAAAUAUUGGCCGGUAAAAAGAAAUUUAAAACAUAUUCACUUGGUAUUUCAUUUUUACCGACAUUGGUUAAAGUUAAACCAAAUAAAUUACAUUUAACCAUACGACAAAAUCAAUAUAUUCGUCCGAAAAAAUUCAAAAUGGAUGGUUCAUUACCUUUGAAAGUACCGACAAUUGUAAUGGCUAAACGCAAUCCAUAUGCAGAGCCACCAAAAGAUGUUGUGAUUAAUGCCGAUAUUGCACUUGGACCGGAAAAAUAUUCAAAAAAACCUAGCUAUGGUUAUGCUUCUUCAUCGGCUGCUGCUGCUUCAGAACCUGAACCAAUAAUUGAAACGAUUCCAUCAUCACAACCACAGCAACCAUUACCACCAUUGGAAAUUCCUAUACCGUUUCCAAUGGAAAAUCCUCCACCAACAAGCAUACAAUUCGAUGAUAAUAUUGGCCAACCACGAUUACCGCCACCAAUUGAUUUAAAUGAACAGAAACUUUUGCUACAGCAUGCAGCUGAAUCGAAUCAACAGGUGUCUGGGUAUGAUCAAAAUGAAUUAAUGUUAGCACCACCACCAGCACCAUUACCACCACCACCAGUAUUGCGACCAUUACCAUCUAAAUUUCCUAUGGAAAUACCGCAUUUACCGUUGCCAAAAGAAUACAAAUUUCAAGGCAUGUCUAAACAAUCAUCAAAAGAUAAACCAUUAGAAAUUCGACGAAGUUCAAAUCUACCUGAGCCAUAUCACCAUCAUCUUAUCAAUCGACAAGAAUCAGAAUCUUCUUUGUUACCACCACCACCACCACCAAUGUUCUUUCCGCCACCUCCUCAUCUACCUCCACCGCUCCUGAUGGCUCCAAUACAUCAGCCACCAAUGUUCCAACAUGCUCCGGUAUCACCAUCAACCAUACGUCGUAUACCAUGGGGUCCACGACGACCUGAUCAACAUAUGUUUCAUGAUUCUUCGCCUGUUUCUUCAGCCUCACAACCACAAAGUUCAAUCUCCAGACAGAUGGCAAUCGAAUUAACCGAUGUAACUUCUAUAGAUGAUCCAAUCGGGUCAACAAAUCAACAACAAAUAGAGAAAGAACAUCGACCAAUGAAAAUUAAUAUUGGUGAACAUUAUGAUCCGAAUAUGAUCUAUGUGGAUGAACAGACAAUACCAUCACAAUCACAAAUUGAUGAAUUAACGAAUAAUCCGGUUCCAAUGCAUGAUGAAGAUAUGGAUGAUGAUUCAUUUGGAUCAAAUCCAGUUGGACAACCUACAAAAGGUUUUAUACCGGAAUUAAUAACAGGCGAUGAUCUCAGCGAUACGGCAAUGGCCGAAUCAUCCAUACAAUAUGUAAAAAAAUAUGGUGGAAAAAAUAAAUAUUAUAAGAAGAAAAAUAUGGCAAUGAUGGUCCAGAUGAUUUUCGUAUUGAAUUCAAUCUAAGUGGACCACAUGGUGGACCAAUGGUACCAUAUGGUUAUGGUGAUGAUCAAGAUCAAUUGAAUAAACAAUUGAAUCAAAUACAA